UUUUCACUUGAAAAUGUCCAUGAAAAUUCAGAACGUCCUAUUUAUGGUGAAACUUGGAGUCCUCUUGGCUAUCAUCGCUACUGGUAUGGUAUGGUGCAUUAAAGCUCCGUACCUUCUUCGAAAGUUCACUUUCGGAACCAACGCCUCACCCGGGAAUAUUCUACAAGCCUUUACGGUCGCCAUGUACACGGGUUCCGGAAGUACCAUGAUCAGCUGCAUGGCGGAAGAGAUGUCCGAGCCUUCCCGGAUAAUACCGAGAUCUCUCCUGGGCGGUGUUUUCUUGGUCACCGCUCUGCAUAUACUUACGAAUGGAGCUUACUUCGUCGUCCUGGACCACAAGUCAUUCACCGCUUCGAAGGCGACUGCCGUGACCUUCGGCAGCGUAACCUGGGGCCAAGCGGGCGAAUGGCUGGUGCCAAUUGCUGUCUGCGUCUGUACCUUUGGAACAAUGAGCGCCUCUUCCUUCAGCACCAGCCGGCUUAUCAUGGCCGCGGCGCGCAAGGGACAUUUACCCGCGCUGUUCUCCCUUAUUACUACCAGCUCGUCCCUCCCAGUGAUAGCCAUAGCGUUUAAAACGUGCGUAGCUGUUGUGUUCACUGUCAUUGGAUCCGUCGGUUUGUUAGCCAAGUGCGCUAUGGUAAUAAUGUCUGUCAUGAACAUACUCGUAAUGUUCGCGCUGCUCAGACUACGAGUGACGAUGAAGGAACGUGUGAGGCCCGUAAAGGUACCCACCCUUUUAGUGCUGUUAGACAUAGUGAUGCUCUUCUCCAUCGCCCUGACUCCGUUUAUUGGAGGUGCUGGAGCCCACCUGAUCCUACCGACGGUUGGGGGCAUUUUGCUUGGUUUUCCCGCCUACGCACUUGUAAAACUUUCAUACAAGUCCUCCAUCGCAGCGGCUUGUUAUAAAUUUCUGCAAAAAUUAAUUCUCUGUGUACCAUGCGCCGAGGCUCUCCAGCAAAAUCAGAAUAUUCCUCGGGAGCUUUGACAGAGAAGGCAAAUUUGAUUCCAAUUGCCAUAGCGCGUUAACAUGCCAGACUACCUUCUACACUAUGUGCUGGAGAGAGCCUUGCGAUGAAACCCGUCAGAAGCCAAUUUACGCAUGUAAUUUUGUGCAAGACAAUAAAAAUAUCAUUGGUGUUACCAACCUUGCAAUAAUAACUAA